AUGAAUCCAAAUAGUAAAAUCCCACCAGAAUUAGUUGAUGAUGUAGCCAAUUUCCUUGAUCAAGAGACUUAUGAAGAUUGCAAAGUUUAUCUCACAAAACAUUAUAAAUUAAUUGAUAGAAAGGUUGCUGAUGGGUUAUUUGAAGAUUCGUUGUUAACUUUUGUUCAAUACCCACCUCAGUUCGGAGCUCGAAUGGUUCGAUGUUCACAAAUUUUAACUUAUUUAUGUGACAUUAGAGAUGCUACCCAUGGACAACAAGAUAUUACAUUAUUCUUCUAUCGAUUACUUGGUCCUGACCCUAGUUUUAAGAAAGGAUUUGAAGAUCAUUGUAAAAUGUUAUGUGAAAAAAUGAUUCAGAGUGCUGCACGAAUUAAAAAGAGUAUGGAAGAAGAAGAAAAAGCUAAGGCUACAAAAGGAAAAGAAGAAGAGAAAGAAAAGGAACAACAGAAUUGA